GACUAAUAGUGGUCUUUUUCCACCUCUCUAGAUAUCAAAAUGAGUUCCAUGCUGACCAGCGCCAUCAGAAACCUCCCUGCUUCCUCAGCAUGGGCUGCCAGGGUCUUUGCUCGAUCGCUCAGCUGCUCUUCACAGCUACAAGCUGCAGCAGUCCAGCCUAAGAGUAAGAAGACCUUAGCCAAAAGUGGUGUGAAGAAUAUUGUUGUGGUAGAGGGCGUCCGUAUUCCAUUUUUGCAGUCUGGCACCUCGUAUGCGGAUCUUAUGCCACACGACUUGGCAAGAGCAGCGUUGCAGGGCCUGCUGAGCCCGACCAGUGUCCCAAGGGAUGUUGUUGAUUACAUCGUUUAUGGCACAGUGAUCCAGGAGGUGAAAACGAGUAAUGUUGCCAGAGAGGCUGCCUUGGGAGCAGGUUUCUCUGACAAAACUCCAGCCCAUACAGUCACCAUGGCUUGCAUUUCUUCAAACCAGGCUAUGACCACAGGCGUGGGUAUGAUUGCAGCUGGACAGUGCGAUGUCGUCGUAGCAGGGGGUGUGGAGUUAAUGUCAGACGUUCCCAUUCGUCACAGUAGGAAGAUGAGGAAGACUAUGCUCACUCUUAACCGAGCCAAGACCUUGGGCCAAAAGCUCUCCCUGAUUUCCAAAAUUCGCCCUGACUACUUUGCUCCUGAGCUCCCAGCUGUGGCAGAGUUCUCCACCAGCGAGACUAUGGGGCACUCUGCCGAUCGUUUGGCUGCUGCCUUUGCCGUUUCCCGUGUGGAGCAAGAUGAGUACGCCCUCCGCUCACACACGCUAGCCAAGAAAGCCCAGGACGGAGGCUUGCUGCUUGAUGUGGUACCCUUCAAAGUGCCAGGCAAAGAUACAGUUACCAAAGAUAACGGGAUCCGUCCUUCCUCAAUGGAGCAGAUGGGCAAGCUGAAGCCAGCUUUUGUCAAACCCUACGGAACUGUCACAGCUGCCAACUCCUCCUUCCUGACGGAUGGUGCUUCGGCAAUUCUGCUCAUGUCUGAGGAGAAGGCUCUGGCAAUGGGAUACAAACCGAAGGCCUACCUAAGGGACUUUGUCUACGUGUCCCAGGAUCCAAAGGACCAACUGCUGCUGGGUCCAACGUACGCUACUCCCAAAGUGCUAGAGAAGGCUGGUCUAACCAUGGCUGAUAUCGACGUGUUUGAAUUCCACGAAGCUUUUGCUGGGCAGAUACUGGCUAACCUGAAAGCUAUGGAUUCAGACUGGUUUGGACAAAACUACAUGGGCAGAAAGUCAAAGGUCGGAGCCCCUCCUCUGGAGAAGUUCAAUACCUGGGGCGGCUCCCUCUCGCUGGGCCAUCCCUUCGGUGCCACGGGCUGCCGUCUAGUAAUUACUGCUGCCCAUAGAUUGAAGAAGGAGGGAGGACAAUACGGCCUGGUUGCUGCCUGUGCUGCAGGAGGGCAGGUAAUGAUGCCGUGCGGCUGGCACUGUUCCCUCGGGAGCGGGGCAGGGAUUACGUUUCUGCUCCUCUCGGUGCUGUGAAAUCCUGCCCAGUGACCCCAGGCGUGGGGGCACCUGGGGAGUCCCGAGGCGCUGGGUGUUGAUGACGCCCUCCGGCUCGGCCGGCGGCCUCCUUGUCACAGCUCAGCUCAGCGAGCUCCCUCUGCCCCGUCCUCUUCUGAGGCGCUCUGGCCCAGGCUCAGAAUCAUCCCUAGGGAACGGCGACUGCAGCCCGAAUGGGAACAGAAGGGAAGGAGAGAUUCCUGCCGUGUUCUGAGGGUUCCGUUUGGUGACUCUCAAAGACUUCCCAAAUUGUGGUUUGUGAGCAUCACUCUUCUCAUCUUGGGAAGAACGCUCUUCACAAGACGAGUGGGGGUGAGACUCUUCCUACGGCUGUCGAGGCCGUGGACGGGAGCCCUGGUUCAGGCUGCGGUGGCUGGUGGCAGUUCCGUGGGGACCUCGCAGGGCUGGUGGCCCUCUGAGGGCGCGGGUCCUGGCCUUGACUCCUCCCCGAAUUCCUAGUUUGGCCCUCAGGAGCGCCUGGUGCCUCGGUCAGGGUGGGCUCUGCUGCCUUGGCCAGCCCGAAGCGCAUCUGCCCUCUCCUGAAGCCAUCGAACCCCUGUCCCCAGAAUCCUCUUGGUGAAUCAGCUCUGGAUUUUCAUCUCCCCGCUUAUUGUAAGGCGGUGGGAGCCGGGCGUCUCCCGUUGAGCGCGUGUCUGCAGCAGCGAGCCCUUUCGGUGACCGCUCCCUCUCUCCCCCUCUCUCCUUCCAGGGCCACGCCAUGAUAGUGGAGCUUUACCCUCAGUAACGGGACACGGGCCUGCUGGGCGGGCGCGCGUACCUCCCGUGCCUGGCAGCGCCGUCCCGGGGCACUAACAAAAGCAUACACGCCGUCCUUCUCGGCAGGGAUUUUCGGUGGCCUUUGUCGAUCCUUUUUAGCUACUCAGCUGGUGAUUUUCAACCAACGGACGCGCUCUAGGCAAUACCCCACUUCCAGGAGAGUAAAAGUGAACGUGGCUCGUAGUCUCCCCGGGGUCCUUGUAAUCGUUCCCGGAGAAGAGGGAUGAUUCCAAAGCUGUGUGCAGAGAAUUAAGUUUGGAGAUAAGGAACGCGUAAAGCACUGGAGGUCGGUGGGCUGAGAGGGGAGUUCAUGUCCCCUCGUGGGGGAGUCGCAGCCGUUUUCGGAAUUGGGUUCAAACCGAGCCGGCCGACCUGGUUUGUGAGGAGGAAGUUUGCUGCACGAUGUCCAAAGAGCAUUGGAACUGGCAAACUGCUUCUGACAAAUGCGUGCUUGCUGAUGUUAGCCACAAUAAA